GCAGUAGAAUAACAAGCCAUCUAAACACAACAAUCCUUCAUUAACAAACAAAUCAGAAUCAUGAACUGCCUCCAAAGUUGGCCAGCUCCGGUGGUCCGAGUCCAAUCCUUAUCCGACAGUGGCAUGCAGAUGAUUCCCGACACCUACGUCCGGAAACCCUGCGAUAGACCUUCGUCACUAGACCAGAACCUCAUCCCGAGUCACGGGGAUCAAAUCCCCGUGAUUGACCUGCAAGAGUUGUUUUCUGGUAACCCUUCCACUCUGUCCCUCCUCCACACUGCAUGCAGCGAAUGGGGAUUCUUUCAGGUGGUGAAUCACGGCGUGAGCCACCGCCUGAUGGAACAAGCUCUUGAGGUUUGGCGCCAGUUUUUUCACCUCCCGGUGGAAGCAAAGCAAGCUUAUGCGAAUUCUCCCACCGAUUAUGAAGGCUAUGGCAGCAGGCUUGGAGUUGAGGCUAAUGCGAAACUGGAUUGGAGCGAUUAUUAUUUCCUUAAUUAUCUUCCACUCUCGCUCAGAAACCAAAACAAAUGGCCUAGCAAUCCUUCAACAUGCAGGAAAUUAACUGCUGAAUACAGUGAAGCACUGGUUAAGAUAUGCGAAAGGUUAACGAAGAUUUUAUCUGAGAACCUUGGUUUAGAAAGCGAUCACAUUCAGAAGGCUUUUGGAGGGAAGGAGACUGGUGGUUGCAUGAGAGUGAGUUUCUAUCCCAAGUGUCCUCAGCCAGAUCUUACUCUAGGUCUUUCACCACACUCGGAUCCGGGUGGCAUUACUCUCCUCUUUGCCGAUGAUCAUGUCGAGGGUCUGCAAGUCCGAAAAGACGGUAACUGGGUGACCGUUAAGCCUGUUCCCAAUGCUUUCAUAGUAAACCUUGGUGAUCAAAUGCAGGUGAUAAGCAACGGAAAGUACAAGAGUAUCGAGCAUCGUGUGAUCGUGAACUCAACCACGGAACGCGUUUCACUCGCCUUCUUCUACAACCCUAAGGAAGACAUGACAAUUGCACCUGCUCAGAAGCUCAUAUCGAAUAGCUCUCCUGCACUGUAUCCACCCAUGAGUUUCCGGGAGUACAGAUCCUUCAUCAGAACAAAGGGUCCUUCAGGCAAAUCACAAGUCGAAUCACUCAAAUCACCAUAACUUAACAAUGCAAUAUUAGGAUCGAAUCGGUGGUAUAUGUAAUAACUGUCAUGUAAGAUCGUGUCCCCAGAGAUAUGAUUGGGAUAUGCAGCCUAGUUAUGUUUGAUAAGUUAAUUAUUGUGCACCUGCAGUCUCAGGACUCAGGUGUGGUGUUUUAUUUGGUUUGUAUCAGAUUGUGAUUAGUUCAGUUAAUAUAUAUGUAAUGCUGAGAC